AUGGAGGGGAAGUGGUGCUGCAGAUGGUCCCGUGCAGCCAGUGCUAUGUCGUGCGCUGCUCUCACUGUGAGCGAUGGGUCCACCUGCAAGGAAGGGGCGGGAGAAGAAUGGAGGGCAGGGGAGCGAUGGGGGAAGAGUGAGGGAGUAGAUCGACUCUGCUAUGUGCGCCCCUUUUCCCCAUCCCCCACCUCUAUGUGCGCCCCUUUUCCCCAUCCCCCACCUCUAUGUGCGCCCCUUUUCCCCUUCCCCCACCUCUAUGUGCGCCCCUUUUCCCCAUCCCCCACCUCUAUGUGCGCCCCUUUCCCCCCUCCCCCACCUCUAUGUGCGCCCCUUUUCCCCAUCCCCCACCUCUAUGUGCGCCCCUUUUCCCCAUCCCCCACCUCUAUGUGCGCCCCUUUUCCCCCUCCCCCACCUCUAUGUGCGCCCCUUUUCCCCUUCCCCCACCUCUAUGUGCGCCCCUUUUCCCCCUCCCCCACCUCUAUGUGCGCCCCUUUUCCCCUUCCCCCACCUCUAUGUGCGCCCCUUUUCCCCCUCCCCCACCUCUAUGUGCGCCCCUUUUCCCCAUCCCCCACCUCUAUGUGCGCCCCUUUUCCCCAUCCCCCACCUCUAAGUGCGCCCCUUUUCCCCAUCCCCCACCUCCUCGUGCGCCCCUUUCCCCUCCCCCCCACCUCUAUGUGCGCAUCCACAUGCAGCCAUGGCCCCAUGCGCCUGCCCUUUCCCCUCCAUGGCCCCAUGCGCCUGCCCCUUUUCUCCCUUUCCCAAUUCCCCCUUCCACCUCGUCCCCAUUUCCUCCCGUUCCUUCCCCCCCCCCCCCACCUCUAUGUGCGCGUCCACAUGCAGCCAUGGCCCCAUGCGCCUACCUCUCACGCCAACCACCGCCCUAUGCACAUGCCCCUUACCCCAGUCCCUCCCUUUCCCUUCAGCACACACCUCUAUGUGCGCAUCCACAUGCAGCCAUGGCCCCAUGCGCCUGCCCCUCAGGUUGUGACAGCCCUGGGGGGGAAGGUGGAGGUGUGGGGGAAUGGCAAAAGGGGGAGGGGGGGAGGGGAGGAAGAGGGAGGGGAGGAGGGGGGAGGGAAGGAGGGGAGGAAGGGGAGGAGAGGAGGAGAAAAGGAGGGGUAG